CAAACCUCUGUGUUCUUUCUCUUUCUCUCGUCUCUGCUCUCUCAUAACUAUCUUUACAUUCUGUCCUCUCAAUUCCAAACUAAGUCUUUUCAGCAGUACUUGUUAAGAUCCGUCUUUGAAACUGUUUAACCAAGUCUACAUCACAUAACCACAUAAAUUUUUGACUAAAAAGUAAAAUAAUAAGAUGAGUAGAAGACUUUCCAUCUUCUACUCUGUGUUACUUCUCAUCUUUGCAUCACCGUCCCUGCUUUCUCCCGUCAACGGGGACCUCGCCGGAGACAGACAAGCCCUUCUUGACUUCCUCAACAACAUCACUCACCCACGGUCUCUAGCGUGGAACGCAAGCAGCCCAAUAUGCGCCACGUGGUCAGGCGUCACGUGCAACAGAGACAACACACGUGUCACCGCCCUUCACUUGCCAGGAGCGAGUCUUCUCGGAACUCUUCCUCCUGGAACCAUCAGCCGUAUAUCGGAGCUUGAGAUUCUAAGUCUCCGAUCCAACGGCUUACGUGGCCCUUUCCCAAUUGAUUUCUUGCAGCUCAAGAAACUAAAAGCUAUUACCCUAAGCAACAACAAGUUCUCCGGUCCAUUACCCUCUGACUACACCACGUGGAUGAACCUCACCGUUCUUGACCUGUUUGGUAACCGGUUUAACGGUAGCAUCCCCUCGGGUCUAGCAAACCUGACCGGACUCUUGUCGCUAAAUUUGGCUAAAAAUUCAUUUUCCGGUGAGAUCCCGGAUCUUAACCUCCCCGGUCUACGCAGACUUAACGUAUCCAACAACAACCUCACUGGAUCAGUACCAAAGUCUUUGAAAAGAUUCGGACACUCAUCUUUUUCCGGCAACAACUUAACUUACGACGACACCUCUCCUCCGGUUGGUUCACCGGCGCAGAAAGAGAAAGAACAAGAAGAAGACAAACACGGGAUCUACAUCUCAGAGCCAGCUAUACUAGGGAUAGCAAUAACCGGUUGCUUCUUGAUAUUCUUUGUAAUUGCGGUUUUGAUUAUCAUUUGCUACGUGAAGAGAAAGAAGAGACAAGAAACCAAACCAGAGACGCUUACACCGGCUAAGGCAAAUCCAGAAACCCUACCAAGUGAAAAGGAAGUUUCUAAAUCAAGAAAAGAGAUGAACAUAGAAGAUAUGGAGGAGAAGAGUGAAUUUAACAGAAUAGUUUUCUUUGAAGGAAGCAAUCUUGCUUUUAAUUUGGAAGACUUGUUGACAUCUUCGGCUGAGUUUCUAGGGAAAGGCACUUUUGGGAUGACCUACAAAGCUGUUCUUGGAGAUGCCAAGGUCAUCGCGGUUAAGAGGUUUAAGGAUGUGUCGGUAUCGAGAAAGGAUUUCAAACAUCAGAUGGAGAUCGUUGGAAACAUUAGGCAUGAGAACGUUGCUCCUUUGAGAGCUUACGUGUGUUCCAAGGAAGAGAAGCUUAUGGUCUAUGAUUACUAUCCUACCGGAAGUCUCUCUGUUCUUCUUCAUGGCAAGAAUGGCAAAGAGGACCACGUUCCGUUGGACUGGGAAACGCGGUUGAGAUUCCUGAUCGGAUUAGCAAAAGGAUUAGCUCACUUACACACACAACACAAGCUCGCACAUGGCAACAUCAAAUCUUCUAAUGUCUUCUUGAACUCCAAAAGAUAUGGAUGUAUAUCAGAAACCGGUUUAGCUCUCUUGACCAACCCGGUCAUCAGAGCAGAUUCAUCAGCCAGAACGGAACUACGUUACCGUGCCCCUGAAGCAUACGACACAAGGAGAUCGACGCCUGAAUCAGACAUAUAUGGUUUUGGAAUCUUGAUGUUGGAAACUCUUAGUGGAAGGUCGAGUAUGGAUGAUAAAAAGGAGGACAUAGAACUGGUGGUAUGGAUGAAUAGGGUUUUGGCAGAACAAUGGACAGGUGAAGUGUUUGAUUUGGAGCUUGUGAAGACUCCCAACAUCGAAGCAAAGUUGCUUCAGAUGAUAGACUUAGUGCAGCUUUGUACGAAUAGGGUUCCAGCGAAGAGACCGGAGAUAGCGAAGGUGGUUGAGAUAUUGGAAGAGAUUGAGAGGGAAUAAUAAUUAGUAAAUUGUGGAAAUUUACUUUUAUGGAUU